UACAUCUACCCAACCCAUCCGAUUCGGCUGGUAGAGUCCGGGUCCGAUUGUCCUUGACCUAGACUGUAUCUAGUCGUGUCGACCAGGGCUGCAGGCCCAACGCUGCCCACCCCACCCGUUUGCACCCCACUACAAUCUAAUGCCAUGAAAGGGCCGACGAAUCUUUCGGGCGCUGCAAUUGAACGUGGUUCAGAGCGUAAUCCCCGGAAGCAAAUACUCUUCCUUGUUUCCCGCUCCCCAAAUGCGAGGAUCGCCGAAAUAUUAUAUAUGAUAUAUUUUCACACCAUGUUUGACCUUCAAUAAUCCAAAUACUGCCUUUUCCAAUUUCCUUACUCCUCAAAGCUAGGAUACAGACAUCUGUGUUUUAAAUUUCAUGGCUUUCAUCGAAUGGCAUUGCUCUUAUUUAAGUCCAAACCAGUAGAGAGAGAAUCAGAACAAAAACUGAGAUUUAAAGUGGAGAGAGAAUCCAUUCUUGGCUUUUAUUUACUCUUAUACUGAAAUGAGAGGAGGCUUCCAUAUAUCUUCUUUGCAAUAUUUCUAUAUACUAUAUACGACGCAUGGGCAUGGGUUGCUUCACUCUGUACUCGGGAGAAGGAAACAGCGGGGGCAUUGACGACAAAUGUGCCUUGAUAUCGAGAAACGAAGACAUGGGGUUUGUUCUAGAGGAGACAAAAGAAGAAAAUCAUAAAAUACAGCAACAGGAAGGUUAGCGCACGUUUUGAUGGCAGAAACGCUGAGGUGUACUCUGAUAACUUUGCCCCUGUCCACAGUUUCAUGUGCUCUGGUGAAGCUUUGGCCUCUGAGAUUUGGAAAAGCUCGCUUCAGUGGAGUCCAUGGAUCUAAAAGAGAUUGGGCUCUGAAUUUUCCAAGUGCUAGUUUCAAUGGUGUCUGUGGAAUAAGAAAAUUUUGGGCUCUGAAUUCUCCAAGUGCUGGUUUUAAUGGAGUUUAUGAAUUGAGAAGCUGAUAUGGGAAACCAGGAGCGAUCUUUGGCUGAAACCCCAACUUGGUUUGUUGCGACUGUGACUACUGGAAUGGUUGCCGUUUGUUUCAUCGUGGAGAGAUUGAUAUAUCGUUUCGGAAUGUGGCUAAGGAAGACAAAGAGGAAGGCUCUUCUAGCUGCUCUCGAGAAGAUUAAGGAAGAGCUUAUGUUGCUGGGGUUCAUAUCUCUAAUGCUGGGCCAAUGUGCGAGAUGGAUCUCGGAGAUUUGUGUGGACUCUUCUCUCUUUAGCAGUAAAUUCUAUCCUUGUGCUAGGGGGGAUUUUGAAGGGUUAAAUUUGUUAAUCAAUAAUUUUCACUUGGAACAACAAAUGGAUCAUUCAGCUGAAGGAGUCGACUCUAUGCCUUCUAAGUACUGCAGUGAGGGUCAUGAACCAUUCGUUUCAUAUGAAAGCCUCAAGCAGCUUCUUCGCUUCUUAUUUGUCCUUGGAAUUACACAUGUACUUUAUAGUUGUUUCACAAUUGUUCUUGCUAUGAUUAAGAUAUAUAGCUGGAGGAAAUGGGAGAUACAAGCCAGCCUAGUCCCUCGUGCAAAUGUACAAGCAAGGAGAAAUGUUGUAAUCAAGAGGCAAUCUACAUUUGUUUUUCAUCAUACAUCACAUCCAUGGAGCAAGCAUAGGGUUCUCAUCUGGAUGCUUUGUUUCAUACGACAAUUCCAAAGCUCCAUAAAAAAGUCGGACUACUUGGCAUUGCGCCUGGGAUUUGUUACUAAUCACAAACUGCCCCUCACUUAUGAUUUUCAUAAAUAUAUGGUUCGUAGCAUGGAAGACGAAUUUCAUGGUAUUGUAGGCAUUGGCUGGCCACUUUGGGGUUAUGCUAUAGUCUGCAUUUUUGUGAAUGUCCAUGGCCUUAAUAUUUAUUUAUGGUUGUCUUUCAUCCCUGCAAUUUUGAUCUUGGUUGUUGGCACAAAACUUCAGCAUGUAGUGGCAUGUUUAGCUCUUGAAAUUGUAGAAACAACUGGCCCACUUACAGGGAAUCAGCUAAAGCCACGUGAUGAGCUCUUUUGGUUUGGAAAACCUGAACUACUUUUAUGGUUGAUACAGUUCAUUUCCUUUCAGAAUUCUUUCGAAAUGGCAACAUUUAUCUGGUCAUUGUGGGGUAUAAAGGCACAAACUUGUUUCAUGAAGAAUAGUUCCAUGGUUUUCAUUCGAUUGAUUUCUGGGUUACUUGUUCAGUUUUGGUGCAGCUACAGCACAUUGCCUCUUAAUGUGAUCAUUACCCAGAUGGGAUCUCGUUUUAAGAAAGCCUUAAUUGCAGAGAGUGUGAGGCAAUCACUUCAUGGAUGGUGCAAGAGAGUGAAGGAAAGAUCCAGGCAUGAUUUGCAGUCACAGCUUACAAGAUCAACGUGUUCACUCGAGUCAAUUGUAGAUGGGAGAGAAGAAAUCAUCACAGUUGCCUCUGGGUGCCUGUCCAGGUGCCCUCCUACAGCGACACAGAGAUCAAUAUCUCAGAGGACAUUCUCUACUGGUUCAGUGGAACAUGAUCCUGGAGUUGACACCAAGGAACCACUCUGUGAUUUCCUGGUGAAUUUCUCAAUUAGUUCUUCUUCUUCUGAAAAUGGCUACCCCCUAGAGCUGGACUUAGAUCUUGAUGAUCAUGAACAUGACGUGGCUGGUGAUGUAGAUGGUGAGAGUACAUUACAUUGCCAUCAACCACUUGAGAAUGUAUAGAUUCUAAAAACUCCAGUGGAAAAGAAAUUGAAUUAAUGCUUUUGCUUUCUUUUCUUA